AUGCGGCUCACCGUUGCUCAGUCGACUGGAUACGUGACGGGAGCAUAUCAACCGCAUGCUCCGUCCCAGCCUCUGCAUCACCAACCGCAUGGAUACUGGCCAUACACCCCGUAUGCGCCAGUAUCAUGCCCGAGCUAUCCAUUGCCCCAGGCGCCUGUAUCGUAUCAACCGCCUUUCCCGCAACAACAACCCCGAUCGCUCAUACCCGCCAGCGCCUCCCUAUCAAGCGCCGGCUCGUUCGAGCCAGAUACAGCCUCCGCCGCCUCCGUCUAUCUCACGACCGCGUCAGUAUCAAGCGCCCGCUCGCUCGGGCCCGAUACCACCUCCGUCGCUGCCAUCUCCGCCACCAGCGCCGAUGCCUCUUCCGAUACCGAUUACUCAGACGAUAUUCCCGAUACAUCCACCGUCCCUCCGAUGCCACGAACAGCGGGGCGAGCACCACCGCCAACAUCAACCGAACCAGUCACUUUUCAGCGACGCCCAGAACUGCACUAUCGCAACGCACGCUCACUAUCGAGUGAGCCACCAGCGGCUAUAGCCAGUACCACGCCCGCACCAAACGAAACACACACUCCCGAACCUGCUCCGCAGUCGAACCUCGAUCCGCUUCCUGGAGAACCAACGAGGUUUAAUCACCGACAGUUAUACGAAGCCCGAAUCGCUCCAUCUCAGAGUCGACGUGGUCGUACCACCGCAGCUCCACGAGCAAAUCAACGAGACUGAGGUACAUAACUACCUCAUUGUCCCAAGCCACGCGGCCCGAAUGAUCCACCCGCAGUUACCCACUCGGAGCGAUGUUUCUCGGGGGCUUAUCUGCGCACACGUUACUGAAGUGAUGUGCCUCCUCUUUGUUUUCUGUCUUUGUUUUUGUUGCCCAUGGCUAUUGCCAUGUGCUUUUAUGUGCUCCACGGCUCUGUCCCGGGGAG